GAUAAGAGUCAAAAUGUCUCAGCCAACGAUGAUGCGCCUGAUGGCUUUGUCCAUCAACACUGCAAAACGUGCUGGAAGCAUUAUAAGGGAUGUUAUGCAAAAGGGCAAUUUAGGAAUUAUCGAUAAGGGUAAAGAUGACUUACAGACGGAAGCCGAUCGUUCGGCACAGCGUUGCAUCAUUGCAUCCUUAUCCAAAUCGUUUCCCAAAAUUAAGAUUAUUGGAGAAGAAGGCGGUUCAGACCUUAACGUCAAAAACGAUUGGCUGGUCACAACGGAAGAUGAGGAUUUCUUAAAAAACGCUUGCCCGGAUCAGUGGCUUAAUGUCAAUGAUGAUGAUGUUGUUGUGUGGGUAGAUCCUUUGGACGGCACUUCGGAAUAUACUCAAGGAUUCCUAGAUCAUGUCACGGUUUUAAUAGGAAUAGCUGUCAAGGAUUCUGCUGUAGGUGGAAUCAUUCAUCAACCCUAUUUCAAAAAUCCUGGUGGAGAAAUGGGUCGUACUAUUUGGGGUUUAAAAGGAUUGGGUACAGGUGGUUUCGAGCGUAUUUCACCACCGAAAGACAAAUUCAUUGUAACAACAACCCGAUCACAUUCUAAUGCCAUUGUGCAAGCGGCUUUAGAUGCCCUCAACCCUACUGACGUUAUUAAAGUUGGUGGCGCUGGAUACAAGGUAUUGCAAUUGUUGGAGGGAAAAGCGCAUGCUUAUGUCUUUGCUAGUCCAGGAUGCAAAAAGUGGGACACUUGUGCCCCCGAAGCUGUAUUGGAAUCACAAGGUGGAACACUUACUGAUAUGCUGGGAAAUCAUUACUCGUAUGGUGCGAAUGUUAAUCACCCAAAUCUUCAAGGUGUUUUGGCAACAAACGGAGACGUAUCUCAUUCUGAUAUUAUUUCAAAAUUACCAUCUAAUGUUUUAGAGGCAAUGAAAAGCAAUAACGAUAACGAUUUUUCAGUACAAUCUUGUUAUAGUAAUCGUUAUUUUGUACGCAAAGUAUUAUGUAAAACCCUAUCACGUAAAUAA